AUGGCAGGCGGCCCUCAGCUCGCCUCUGCGGGGACCGUGAUCACAGAAGCCUCCCUCCUCAGCAUGAAGCACCUCAACUCUGCGCCCUGGGCCGCCCUGGUCCUCAGCCUGGCCUUUGCCUCUUUCCACCCGGCUUGCUUGGCAGAAGCCAGCGGCAGCAGCAACUCAACCUUGACUGUCCACCAUCCAGGCCUUGAGACCCUGGAGCAGUGCCCCAAUGUCGACUUCUGCCCACAAGCAGCCCGGUGUUGCCACACCGGAGUGGAUGAAUACGGCUGGAUCGCGGCUGCUGUUGGUUGGAGUCUCUUGUUUCUCACCCUCAUCCUGCUCUGUGUGGACAAACUGAUGAAGCUGACUCCAGAUGAGCCCAAGGACUUGCAAGCAUGA